AUAUAAUCAAUUAAUCGCGGUACUAUCUAGUGGACUCAAGUUGCCGGGGGGAGACCCAUUGAAGAACCCAUAACCCAUACAUCGUCAUACCGCUAACUCAUACCCACGAAUACCGAGGCAUUCACAUUCUAUAUUCCACUUCGUAUAAAUGGAAACUGCUCGACGCUCCAGCGGGCAGUUUCGGUUAGCAGCUGACACUACUUGGAUUCAGCUGAGGAGCACUUCUGGAGAAGGGAAUACACCGGGAUAAAUACAAGCUCCCACAAGAAUGCAGAAGAUCUCGAUCAGCUUGCUGAUCCUCAUCGGAUCCCUGCUGAGUGCCUCGGCGGACAUCUCAUCGCCCGUCAUAGGAGUUCUCACUCAGGAAGUCUACUUGGAUGGAUUGAUCUCCCGACACUUCGAGAACAAGACCAGCUACAUAGCUGCCUCCUAUGUGAAGUAUCUGGAAGGAGCUGGAGCCCGAGUGUUGCCAAUUUGGAUCGGGCGCAAUCGCAGCUACUAUGAAGAUGUCAUGCACAAGAUAAAUGGUGUCUUACUGCCCGGUGGUGCCACUUGGUUCAAUGAGACCAAUGGCUAUGGCGACGCGGGCGAACAUCUCAUCCAGUUGGCUGUGGAACUAAACGAUCAGGGUACCUACAUGCCGGUUUGGGGCACUUGUCUGGGAAUGGAGCUAUUGGUUUUCAAGUUGGCCAAGGGCAAGGAACAUCGUAUCGAUUGCGCUGGAAAGGGCAUUGCCCUGCCAGUGGAGUUCAAAGAAGAUUACAACACGAGUCGGCUGUUCACCUCCAUCAGUGACGAUGUAGUAGCUGCUAUGGUCAAGGAGAAUGUGACCUAUCACUGGCAUCAGUUUUGCUAUACGGAGAAGGACUUUGAAGAGGAUCUUUUGAAUGAGACAUGGCGAGUUAUAUCCCUGAAUCAUGAUUGGAAUGGCAUCGAGUUUAUUUCUACCAUCGAGCACGUCAAGUACCCCUUCUAUGGAGUUCAGUUUCACCCAGAGAAGCCGCUCUACGAGUUCACCAAGACGAGUAUUCCACACACCGCUGCUUCCAUCGUAGCUGGCCAAUACUUUUCGGAUUUUCUUGUGAGUGAGGCGAGGAAGAGUAACCAGAGCUUCACCAAUGCCACGGAGCAGGCCUUGAGGUUGAUCUAUAACUACAAACCGGAGUACACCUCGAUCUUGGGAUCUACUUACACCCAGCAAUAUUUGUUCACCAAGAAGGAAAUGGGCUUGGAGGAGAUUCCUGACAUUCCUGACGAGGGCGGCGAUGGUGACGGAGAUGGCAACGGUGGACUAUAUCCGUAUCCCAUUAUUGUAGACGGCGGAGGUGGAAGCUCUACAAUACUACCCCUUUUCAGUGGGUUCCUCCUCACAUUGGUGAUUAUAUCAAUUAACUGAUUGCCAGCCAUGUUUAUUUCGGGAAUGAACCUUGGUCAGGGAUUAUCAUAUCUCGGAAUUACAUUUCCAUUUUUUUUUUUACCAACGAAACAAGACUUAAUCAAUAUAUGUACAUAUGUAGAUAGAAAAAUUUAUCUAGAAAUA